AUGGACUCAAAGUAUGGGUCUUGGCGGAAUCUUAAUGACCCCAUUAUUUCUAGGUCAGCUUCGAGGUGGUGGUUAGACAUCCAAAAAGCUUGUGGGAUUGUAACGCAAGGUGCCUGGUUUGACAACUUCAUAGAGUGGGUGGUUGGAGGAGGGAAAAAAGUGAAAUUUUGGGAAGAUAAAUGGAUCGGGGAAGAAUCACUGUGUUGUAAGUUUCCUAGGUUGUACUUAAUAUCAGAUUGUAAAGAAAGAGUUAUAGAGGAGGUAGGACAUUGGGAAGAGAAUGUUUGGGUUUGGGACCUAACUUGGAGGAGGCUUAGACUUGUUUGGGAGGUAGCUAUGGAGGAACAACUUAUCCUAUUAUUAAACAGACAUAGUCUUAAAAUAGGGAUCUCUGAUACUUGGAAGUGGAAGGAUAAUGACAAUGGUGUUUUUUCGGUUAAGUCUGCUUAUAAUAAGUUACAAGGUUCCUCUAAUGAGGAAGAGAAUAAAGAGUUUAAAACAUUAUGGAGUAUUAGGGUGGCUCCGAAGGCACAACUAUUAGGGUGGAGGUUGUUCCUAGAUAAGUUACCUACAAAGGUUAAACUAGCAGCAAGGGGAAUCCAAUUACAAAAUAACCUAUGUGAGAUGUGCUUAGCAAGUGAAGAGAAUGCAGAACACCUAUUCUUCUCAUGUAGAGCAUCCCAAAAGGUGUGGAAUAUGUGUGAUAGAUGGAUUGGGGUGAGCUCAGUGCAUCAUGUUAAUGCAAGAGAUAAUUUUCAACACUUCCAUCUAGUGAACCUUAAUAGAAGACAAAAUAAGAUUUGGCAAGGAAUGUGGUUAGCAAUAGUAGGGGAAAUAUGGAAACAUAGGAAUGGGGUAAUUUUUAAACAUAGGAAAGUGGAUCCUGAAGAGAUAUUUGCCCUUGCUCAGGCAAGCUUAUACAGGUCACUAUUGACAAAGGGACCAAGACAAAUCAUAAAUACAAUAGUACAUGUUGAUCAAUCUCCUUCGUGCCAGAAGUGA